CAUGAUUUGUAUGUUUUGUUGCAUUGAAUGACAAAUAAAUGUGUGAUUUGUUUGUCAAUUGGUCUACAAAUCAAACAAAAUGUUAUCCCAUUUGGCGAAGAUAUCACUGAUUAGAUGCAAAUUGGGAUCAAUUCGUCUUCUCCACCAACAGUCAGAAGUGCCGCCAAUUCGUGUCUUCGUGAAGGAGCGUUACCGGAAUUUCUUGGACAGUCUGAGGCUAACAGUGAGCGGUGGAAGUGGUGGACACGGAAUGCCUAAGUUUGGGGGAAUGGGAGGCAGUGGUGGUAAUGUCUAUGUGGAAGCGGUGGAGAAGAUGACUCUGAAGAAGUUGUCUAAACGGAAAUACACGGCCUCUUCAGGCGAGAACAGCGCUCACUAUCGGGUCAUCGGAGACAACGGAACCGAUUGUGUGAUCAAAGCGCCGGUCGGUGUGACUGUCGUCAGCGAAAACGGCAAGACUUUGGGAGAGUUGGAUCAAGUGGGCGACAGAGUGUUGGUGGCAUUGGGGGGAACGGGUGGUAACCAACACAACAACUACUUGGGAAUUAAGGGUCAAAAGCAGACCAUUGUAUUAGACCUGAAACUGAUAGCCGACGCCGGACUCAUCGGUUUCCCAAACGCUGGCAAAUCAACGCUUCUGAAAGCGGUGUCGCGAGCGUCGCCUAAAAUAGCUUUAAGGACCAUUGUAUUAGACCUGAAACUGAUAGCCGACGCCGGACUCAUCGGUUUCCCAAACGCUGGCAAAUCAACGCUUCUGAAAGCCGUGUCGCGAGCGUCGCCUAAAAUAGCUAACUAUCCGUUCACUACAAUCAACCCAAACAUAGGAGUCAUGGAAUUCAAUGACUUCCGGCAGAUAAGUGUCGCCGACUUACCCGGUCUUAUAGAGGGCGCACACAAUAACAUAGGUUUGGGCCAUAAGUUCCUCAAACACAUCGUUAGGACCAAACUAUUGGUGUUUGUGAUCGACAUAAACGGAUUCAAAUACAGACCCGAAUGGCCUCAACGCUCGCCAUUAGAGACAUAUCUGCUUCUGAACAGAGAGUUAGAGCUCUACGACGACACCCUUGUGUCCAAACCGGCAGUUCUUGUGAUCUCCAAAUUGGAUAAUAAGGAAAGUGAAGACAAAUUCUGCCAAUUCUUAGAUGAACUCAAAGUUUUGCAAAACUCUGGUUUGAAAAGCAUUACAAACGAGUGCUUAAAACCAAAUAAAUUGAUACGUUUUGAGCAAAUAAUAGGUGUUUGCGCUAAGAAUGGCUAUAAUAUUGACAAACUUCGAGAUUGCAUCCGA